UUUUUUAAAUUGAAAUUUUUUGCCCUCGCAAGUCCUCCACUGUCGACUUGUGUGCGGGUUUUACAUAAAAACAGACGGGGAAUAGCCGAUAUCAAAAUCGGCACAAAUAAUUUACUCGUCUCGUUUCGCCGCAGAAGCUUAGGCAAACACUGCCGGCUCUGCUUGGGCGGUCCUCCUUGGAUUUUUUGAUAAAAAUGAUUGGAAAUUUUGAACCUGUUAAAUUUGGAAUUUUGGCUGGAAAGGAAAUUGGAAUUUAUGAACAGUCAUUAUUUGAAAAUGAUGGAGAAAUUGCUUCUUUAGCUAUUGCAAAAAGUAUAGCUACGAAAUUAAAUGAAAAAAAAAUAGACGAUGCAUUUUCUAUAUAUAAUUUGGAUGUAGUAGUUCAACGAUUAUUACAAUGGAGAGAAAUGUUACCUCGUAUAAAGCCAUUUUAUGCUGUUAAAUGCAAUAAUGAUCCAAUACUUUUGAAAUUAUUGGCUGACCUUGGAUGUGGUUUUGAUUGUGCUAGUAGAGGGGAAAUUGAUCAAAUAAUCACAAAUGGAUUAACAAAUGCUGAUAAUAUUAUUUAUGCAAAUCCAUGCAAAACACGUAAAUAUAUUCAACAUGCUGACAAACUUGGUGUUCGUCGAAUGACUUUUGAUAGUUUAGAGGAAUUGAUAAAAAUAAAAGAAAAUCAUUCUUCACCAGAGUUGGAAAUUUAUUUAAAUUAA